UGCUUGGCGGUUGGUGGUGUCGGUACUAAAAACGGAAAAAAUAAGAAAAAGUGUUGAAAUAAUAUAAAAAAUAAUAAAACAAAUAUUGAAAAUAGUGUUAAGUCUAAGACGUCGUAUCUUUGAAGAAGAGGUCAUUAUAUUUCUGUUGAUGAAAUUAAAUAAUAAUAAAAAAAGUGAAAAUAAAUAAACAGCUGUUGGUGAUAAAGUUAAAACUAAAAUUAAAAAAAUAUAUAAAUUUAUAAGCCGGCCGGCGAUCGUUAAUCAUAUUAAUGCUGUAAUUAGCCUAAAUGAUAAUAAAUUUCAUAAUUGUGGUGGAUUUGUAAUAAAAUAUAUAAAGUAAAUGGUGAAUUGUGUGUGUGUGUGUGUUUUGGACUAGGUCAAUGUGAUAAGAGACCAAUUAUUUUCCCUCUAAGUGCAUCAUGUUUAAUUGAUAUACCAUAAAUAGUAUACAAGGAAUUGUUUAAUAAAUUUAAAUUAACAAUUUGCUGUUUUAAUUGUAAACAAUUAUAAAAAAAGUUAUUUGUUUUUCAAAUAAGUUUUGCCUCUGUCACUAUGAAAGGCAGAUGGCAGCGUAUUGGAUAUUAUCAUCAUUUAAAAACGUCUGCUAAAAUGUCUUAUUGGAUUGGAAUUUUUAUAAUUGCCAUAUUUGGAAUUGCAAAUGCGGAAGAACACGUUGAUCUUAUCAAAGAAUUUGGUUUUCCCGAUUUACCACCCGGUAUAACGGCAGUUCCCGGAAUGUGUGGUGUGGAAAGAAAUCCUUAUCAAAUACAUAAAUCUCCUGCCUACAACAUAGAUAAAGAUGCCAUUUUAACGGUACAAACCUCUGAAAUAUUUCCCGAUGGUUUUCCCACCGAUUUCUCCAUAGUAUUGGCUGUACGUAGCAGUCGCACAAGUCCAUCCGCUGCACCAAUUUUCACUAUAUACUCGGAUGAAAGUGAAGAAGUACUAUCGCUCAGUAUCGGUCCACAGAUACAAUUUAGUUAUGAACAAAUCGAUGCAGGGUUCAAUCAACAUAAUGAUAUUAACUUUGGUAUUGGCAUUAAUGAUGAUAAAUGGCAUCGUAUUGGUCUGAGUGUUAAGGGUAGUUCGGCUACGUUGAAUUUGGAUUGCACAAAACAAGUAACGAGAAGAUUGGAACGUACUUUGGGCAGUUCAAUAGCUACGAAUGGCUUGAUUUUGACCGGUGUACAAAUGAGUAAUGAUGAUGGUUUCUUUAUGGGAGAUGUACAAAUGAUGUCUAUAUGGAAUACUCCGGAGGCUGGUUAUGAAGUUUGUACGAAAUAUGUGACGCCCUGUAUAGAUGAAUCAUUUUAUGGCGAGGAUAGCCAGAAAAGUUCAAGAAGUUUCACACAUUCUCAUACUGGAAGUAGAGGAAAUACAUCUGGUUCUUCUAGAUCAAGUAGUAGUUAUUCGAGUGGUUCAAGUUCGGGCUCAUUAAGUGCAAAUGCUUUACGUUCUAGAAUAUCUGGUAAUGGCAGGAAUGCUAACCACGAGUUUGCUGCAGCAGGUGAAGUUUCAAACGAUGGUUCUUUAUCAACCGCUGGACAAAAUCCCUCUUUGGAUUUAGGCAUUAUAGGUGAUCGUUCAAAAGAUAAUGAAUUUUCCUUCGGUGCUGCGGGUGCUUCAAAAGGAGCAGCUGUAAGGCCCAGAACCGAUUUUGGUUUAUCAGGAGGUGCUUCAAAUGGUUUUGGAACCACUUACCAUUCUAAUGACACCAAAAAAGAAGCUGACAUUUCAGAUAUAGAUUACGCCAUUGAGGGAGACUAUGAAGGUUUAGCAAAUUCUAGUGAAAUUCCUUUAACAAGUCAGGAGGGCACACAAACUUUGGAUCCAACUACCACCGGAUCGGAUGAGUUGGGAGGCGAGCAGUUACCUAAUAACGAUAAAACUACAAAAACGAGAAAAACUAAAAAAGAUCGAAAAAAAUCUAAAAAGUCAUCGAGAGAAGAGAUAUCUGCCGAAAUAGAUUUUACUAAUCCCAUCGAUUUGGAAAAUGAAGAAAACAAUAGAACAACAACUAUUAAUGGUACCACUUACGAUAGACCCAUUGAUUCCAGUGGUACACCUUGCUAUCCAGGUCCUAGAGGUUAUACCGGAUUGCCAGGUCCACCAGGAGAUCGUGGCCCUAAAGGAGAACCUGGUCGUGAUGGAUUACCAGGGGCGGAUGGCAUUCAAGGUCCCGCUGGCCAUGUUUUUGUAGUGCCAACAGUUCCUGGCGGUAGUGGUGGUAAUGAGAAGGGUCCCGAUUCCCAAGUUGAGGCUUUAAGACAAAUGAUAUCCCAACAUAUGAUGGCUUUACGUGGUCCUGAAGGCCCAACAGGUCUUACAGGACCGCCAGGUCCACCCGGUCUCACUGGUCCUCAAGGUCCCAAAGGAGAACCCGGAGAUGCUGGUGAGCCAGGAUUACGAGGUCUUCGUGGUCCCACCGGUCCACAAGGACGUGAAGGCAGACGGGGCCGUUCUGGAAGAGAUGGUGAACGUGGUGCUCAGGGUCCUCAAGGACCUAAGGGAGAAAUGGGACCUAUUGGUCCAAUGGGCAUACCUGGUGAAAAGGGACAUCGUGGUAGUCCUGGCCAAAGAGGUGAAAAAGGUCAGCAAGGUGUAGAAGGUCAUCCGGGAGAAGAUGGUCCACCAGGUCUUCCCGGUUUACCAGGUGAAUUGGGACCUCGUGGCUUUCCUGGACCACGUGGUUUCCCUGGUCCUAUCGGUAAUCCCGGGCCUCAAGGUAAUGAAGGUCAGCCAGGUUCUAAAGGCAACACUGGUCCAACUGGACAACCUGGUGCACCCGGACAACAAGGUUCACAAGGUCCCGUAGGUUCGCCUGGUCCACAAGGUAAACCUGGGCCUCCUGGAAUUCCAGGUCCAAGUGGUAAACCUGGUUUACCUGGUUUGCCAGGUGCUGAUGGCUCUCCUGGUGUGGCUGGUAAUCCCGGUCAAACAGGACCUAAAGGUGAUCAAGGCGUACAAGGAGUCCAGGGUCCUGUAGGUUUUCCAGGUCCCCGUGGUUCUAAGGGUGAUGAUGGUUUACGAGGACCUCCAGGAGAUAAAGGUGAUGCUGGUGAACGCGGUAUAGAUGGUGAAAAAGGUGAUAUGGGUGUUCCAGGAGAGCGUGGUAUUCCUGGGGCUGCCGGAGCUCCUGGUCCUGAAGGUCCUGAGGGACCUAAAGGUUUUGAGGGACCCAGAGGCGAAACUGGCCCACAAGGUUUGCCCGGAGAGAAGGGUAAACAGGGACCACAAGGUUUUCAAGGCUAUCCAGGACCUUCAGGUGAUAAGGGAGAUAAAGGUGCCACCGGUGCUACUGGACCAGCUGGUAUUAAAGGCGAAAGAGGUCCACAAGGACCAUCUGGUGAGAGAGGUGAAACAGGACCCCGAGGUUUUCGAGGCUCAAGGGGUAGACGGGGUAAUGAUGGCAGCCCCGGUCCUAAAGGUGAUAGUGGUCAACCGGGACCUCCAGGAAUACAAGGUGAAAGAGGUCCACAAGGUGCUGAAGGACCCAGAGGUUUUAUAGGAAUGCCAGGUGUACCAGGAUCGGAUGGUAAAACUGGACCUCAUGGUCCACCCGGUGAAAGAGGUCAACCAGGAGAACCAGGAAAACCAGGUCCUAUUGGAGAACCAGGUGUUAUAGGUCCAAGAGGUGCUCCCGGAGAAAUGGGUCCAAUUGGUGAACCCGGCAUACCGGGAUUACCAGGACAGCCGGGAGAAGCUGGUAUACCAGGAGAGUCGGGUAAAGAAGGUCCACCCGGACCAGUAGGUCCAAUGGGUAAUCAAGGACCCCAAGGUCCUACCGGUCUGCCAGGUUUUCCAGGAGAAAGGGGACAUCAAGGACAACCUGGUCUUCCGGGCUUAAAAGGCGAACAAGGUAUGACAGGUGCUCCGGGCUUACCGGGUGAUAAAGGACAAGCAGGUGUACCCGGUCAAUUAGGUCCUCCAGGACCACAAGGAAAUCAGGGUAAUCCAGGUAAUCCUGGAGCUCCAGGAGCUAAAGGUGAAGUGGGUGAAAGAGGUCCCAUAGGUCCAGCUGGAAGAGAUGGCAUAGCUGGCCUGAGAGGUUUACCAGGGCCACCGGGACCUAUGGGUACACCAGGUGAGGAUGGCGACAAAGGUGAGGCUGGCAUACCAGGAGAAAAGGGUUUGAAGGGAAAUCAAGGUGAACAAGGCCCUGCUGGUCCCGCUGGACCUCAAGGUCCUCGAGGUGAAUCUGGUCCACCCGGUUCUCCAGGUGAAAAAGGACCACCAGGCGAACAAGGUCAUCGCGGUAUUAAAGGUGAAGAUGGUAAGAUGGGCUUACCGGGUCCUAUGGGAAAGACUGGUUUACAAGGUUUACCAGGACCUGCAGGUGUUAAAGGUGAAAGAGGAGAUGAUGGCUUAAUGGGUCCUGUGGGACCUCCAGGUCCACCAGGUGACCAAGGUCGAAGAGGACCAAAAGGAGCAAUUGGCCACCAAGGAAAACCAGGACCUCGUGGUCUACCCGGUCCAACCGGUGUCGAUGGUCCCCAAGGUCCUCCUGGUCCUGUAGGGCCCACAGGACGUGCCGGAGAGAAAGGUAUGACUGGACCUAAAGGAGAGGAAGGAAAAUCGGGACCUAUAGGUCCUCCAGGAAGACCCGGUGUUGCUGGACCAGAGGGUCCUAAGGGAGAUAUGGGUCCAAGAGGUUUCCCAGGAGCGAGAGGAGAGCCAGGUUUGGUGGGUCUAAAAGGUGAUGUUGGCCCCGACGGUGAGGAUGGUAAACCAGGCGACAUGGGUCCACCAGGUGAACAAGGCCCUGAGGGAAGAAUAGGAGAAACCGGACCACCAGGUAAACAAGGUCCCGAAGGUCCAUCUGGCAUGCAAGGCCCUACGGGUCCUCAAGGAGAAAAGGGCGACAAAGGAGAUUUAGGUCCUGAAGGUCCGCUAGGCAUGACUGGUCCCCAGGGACCUCCAGGCGUACAAGGUCCACGUGGAGCAAGAGGACCACAAGGCUUAGUGGGAGACAUUGGUUUGCCAGGUCUUGCUGGACCUGAAGGUAAAGAAGGCAAAGUCGGUUUACCAGGACCAGCAGGUCCUAAAGGUGAUCGUGGUAGAAGAGGCCAGAAGGGUCAUCGUGGUGAACUGGGUAUGGUUGGUAUUAAAGGAGAACAAGGUGAAAAGGGUGAUAGAGGCUUUAGAGGACCCCAUGGUGUAGAAGGACCUAAAGGAGAUCCGGGACCAAUGGGUCCUAUAGGACCUAAAGGUAAUGAUGGACCGCCAGGUUUGCCAGGCAUGCAUGGUCCAACUGGACCCAAAGGAGUUGAGGGUAGAGCUGGCAAUAAAGGUGAAGUGGGACCCCCAGGUCCACCUGGUGCACCAGGAGCACCAGCAGAAGCACCCAUGAUACCGCCAGAACUGUUAUUCCAAAUGCAACAAUAUUCUACUACCAAAGCCGAAACAAGACGACGCAGAGAUGUUGACAUGUCCGCAGCAUUUGAGGACGAUGAUAAUGAUGAUUUUAACGAACUAAUGGGCGUAUUCUCCAGUCCCGUAGCAAGAGCUAAUGAAGAUAAAAAGAAAACAAAACGCAAGAAAAAGAAGAAAAAUGAUUCCUCUGAGGCCACUGACAAAAUAGUCGAUAUGUAUAAUGCCAUCUAUGGCAUGCGCCAAGAAAUGGAUAAAAUUCGCAAACCCACAGGCACUCAAGAUAAUCCGGGACUAACAUGUCGAGAUUUACACUAUGCUCAUACACAAUUCGAAGACGAUUGGUAUUGGAUUGAUCCUAAUGGCGGAAUGCCCGACGAUGCUAUUAAGGUUUAUUGUAAAAUGUCUAGUAAUGGAGAAACCUGUAUAUAUCCCGAUGUUCAUACCUCAGAAAGGCCACUGGUGCCUAUGCGCUAUUCGAAUGAAAAACAAUGGUUCUCUCAAAUGCAGGGUGGAGCUAAAAUUAGUUAUGACGGUGUUGGUGUUGUGCAAUUGACUUUCCUGAAACUUUUAUCCGAAGAGGCCUAUCAAAACUUUACAUACUAUUGCCGCAAUUCGGUAGCCUGGCAUGAUCGUGCACAAAACAAUUACGAAAAGGCGCUUAAAUUUAUGGGCGAUAAUGAAGUGGAAAUAACGGUAAAGGAGGGAGGUCUCAAACCGGAAGUGGUUAAAGAUGAAUGUGCGAACUAUUAUUCGACCGGUUCUACCGUUUUAUUAUUCACCACAAAACGUUUAAACUAUCUGCCUCUAAACGACUUUUUGCCCUCGGACUAUGGCAAAGAAAAUCAAGCUUUUGGCUUUAAAGUUGGUCCCGUUUGCUUUAAAUAGUUGUUCCAUUUUAGUUUAAUUAAUAAUGUUCAUUUAAUUUUGAAAUUUUGAAUCUCUGUGUACCAAAUCAUUUUUGUUAGCCUAAGAAUACUUAGUUUAGGUGUAAGAAAACAGUUAAGUUUGAAUUAUUGACUGCCAUUUUGUUUGCUUAAAAUAAGCUUUUUUUGUGUAAUUAAAAUUUACAAGCAUUUAGUAGUUUAUAAGAUUUUUUUUAAUUUAAGCUGAGAGAGUCUGUAUAGUUAAGUUAAUGGAAAAGAGUUUGUAAAUUUUAAAUAAAAUUUAGAAAAAAAUUGUAAAAGAA